AUGCCUGCGAUGCUCGAGCCUGACGCCUCACCGGAUUCCAUCUUCGGUCCUCACCUCGCAGGCGAGGAAGUACCCGGGGCCCCGGGCGAGGAUGUACAACUGCGCAUUCAUCUCGGAGGAUGUAAUGGUCUCCCUCGAAGGAUGGCCCCUUUGCCCGGCGACUGUGGCAUUGCUAGCCGUCGCUCAUUCCGUGUCGGCUUUUGUUCGAUCUCGAAAUAUCUCGGCGAUACAUAUAUUGAUUCAUCAGCUACACAGGAAGGCGAGAAAUGGUUACGGUGUACCGUCCAGUGGGACGAGGUUCUCGUUAUAACUUACACCGGGUAUUGGGUGCACUGGCACACAUUCAAGGCGUAUCAGCACCUGAUUGGCCACCAGCCGCCGCAGACAUGUAGCGUGCAAGUCAACAUGCUCAUUGCGACUAUGAUGGCGACCGUAAAUGCCAUUCUACACGAGCCGCAUUCGUGCCACGUUCAUCAAAGGGGGGAGUGCGUCUCGGCGUUCUUAUCUGAAUUAGGGCUGGCAUCAAUGACAAUCCAUGGGCUCGUCACCGGAAAGAGUACCGAAGAGCGCGGAUCUCAAGAUCGUGCGACGGAGCUAGCUCGGCUUUGCUGUAUCAUCGUUACCCCAGAGCCUACAGUCGGAGCCGACACCAAGGAUGCCCUCCUUCUCGUCUUGGACGGCAUAUCACAAUCCUCUGAUGCCUUCCCACCGCUCAAGAGCGCAGCCAGCGGCCUCCUCUUCUUCGCGGCAUGUGCAGAUUUGGCGUCUAGCAAUAAGAAACAGAUCCGCGACAUAUACAAGCAAAUCGAAACCCUGGCCAUAUCCCUCAAACGAGGUGUCCGAGACGGGACUCCAAUCUCUUCAGAGCAGCAAGAUGCGAUUGCCGCCCUUGCGCAAGACAUCGCCAUGCUGAACGAAGACGUGCGAGAUAUCGUCAACGAGCGGAAAAGUCGCUUCAAGCGAUUCUUCGGAGCGAAGCGUCACCGAGAAGAGCUUCAAGACGUCGUGGCGCGUCUAGAGAUGGCGAGAUCAACAUACACGACAACUUUGGCAACUUUGAAUGCGACGACUAACGCGCAGGUCCUUGCUCAUGUGAGGGCAUUGACACUCGUCAUGAACGUCAGUCCAGUUUACGCUGCUGGCAGCCGUUGUGCGGAUACGAGCGCGUUCCCCGCCGUGUUGCCUCGUUUCGAGCAGCCCCGAGCGGAAAGCGCAUGA